CUUUCCCAUCGUAACGGCGAAUUGCUUCUCUCUCAAACCAAUCUCAAUCUCUCUCAACCCAAAUUGAAAAGCAUUGAAUCCCCUUUCUUCUUUUAAUCUUUGUCGCUAUCACUACUCAUUGCAUUUCAAAGUGAACUCCAUAGAGAAGAAGCUCACCUCUUUUUUAAUCAAUGGAAGAUCUCUAUCGUCAUUCUUGGCAAGACCCUCUUCUUCUCACUGACGUUUCUUCUCAACAACAGCAACAAUUCAGCUCAUACACUUCGUGCCCUGCUCCCACAUUUCCUGAUUUACUAGAUUCCCCAAUGCAAGACGAGAUCCUAGAGGAUAUUUAUACUGACCCAGUUUUGGAAAGCAUAAUGGAAGGCCCUUAUCCCACAUCUCCUGAUGUAACAACUUCACAAGUGCUUGGUAUGGAGAUUUUGGAAUUUUCAUUAACAUCUCCUGAUUUGAUGAUCUGUGCUGAGUCACCGGAAAUUCCAAAACAAAGCUAUGGAGAAUCACCCGAAAUUUUCAAGGGUAGCUCAAUUGAAGUGUCUUUAGAGAAUGGGAUAAAGGGGUCUGAAAUUAAGGACUCUAAUGAUACCCCUGCGUCUGCCAAGUUCUCAACUUUCCUUUCUGUAUCAAAAGAUGAAUUUGAGCUUCCGCCACCACCAGUGAUGGAAGAGUUUUCACCAGCCCACUUGAGGUCUAUAGUUAGCAUUAAUGUUGGAUCAACAGAUUGUAUCAACUUCCAAGGGGACACACAGUUUUCAAACGACGAGUUUUUUACUGGAGGUGAUACUAUUAGGACUGACGCUAUAGUUGGAGAUGGAGCCAGUGGUCUAUACCAGUCUGCUCGGUUUGGGAAUUUGUUAUAUAACUUUGAGAUCAUGGAUGCUGGAUAUUACUUGGUUGAUCUGCACUUUGCAGAGAUUGUGUUAACCAAUGGUCCUCCAGGAAUGAGAGUAUUUGAUGUUUACAUACAGGAACAGAAGGUUAUCUCCUCCUUGGAUAUUUAUGCCCGUGUUGGUGCAAAUAAACCCCUUGUGAUAUCUGAUCUCGAGGCUCAUGUUAAUGGUGAAGAGGGAUUAUGUAUAAGAUUUGAGGGAAUAAUAGGACUCCCUAUUAUUAGUGGUAUUUCUGUAAGGAAGAAGUCUGGUUCGGAAGAGGUCGAAUUACAUGAAAUAUCAGGAUGUUUACAAUUGCCACAAAGCAAGUCUUGGAAGGCCAUUGAUCACGGCGAGGAAGAUGGAGAUCCUCAAAGGGUUAAGUUGGAGAAUAAUUGUCUAGAAAAGGAACUGGAGGACACAAAGAGGCAACUGGAGGAACUUAAAAGGCUUAAUGAACAAAAAAGUAGAGAAUGCCAAGAAGCAUGCAAGUCCUUAGAGGAUCUUCAAAAUGAGCUCAUGCGCAAGUCAAUGCAUGUUGGAUCAUUAGCUUUUGCAAUUGAGGGACAAGUAAAAGAAAAAACCAAAUGGUUUUCCUCAUUGAGAGACCUGACAAGAAAAAUGAAGAUUAUGAAGAUGGAUCAAAUUAAGCUCUCAGAAGAGGCUUUGUCAUUUAAGCAAUGCAUAGCCGAUAUGACCGAUAUGGGCUCUCUCAUCCAAUCAAAAAUAAAGCAACAUGGGGAACUGCAUGAAGAUCUUAAGAACAAAUUUAUUAAAGGUGCCAAGGAAAAAAAGGAGCUUUAUAACAAGGUUUUGGAGUUGAAAGGAAACAUUAGGGUUUUCUGUCGCUGUAGGCCUUUGAAUGUAGAAGAGAUUGCUAUGGGAGCUUCAAUGGCAAUUGAUUUUGAAGCAGCCAAGGAGGGGGAACUAACUGUAAAAUCAAAUGGGCUAUCUAAGAAAACAUUUAAAUUUGAUGCUGUUUUCAGUCCUCAAGCAGAACAAGUUGAAGUAUUUGAAGAUACAGCCCCAUUUGCAGCAUCUGUUUUGGAUGGAUACAAUGUUUGCAUAUUUGCAUAUGGUCAGACCGGUACUGGGAAGACUUUCACAAUGGAAGGCACAAAAGAAGCUCGUGGGGUCAAUUACCGAACUCUGGAGGAACUGUUUCGCAUUAUUGAAGAGCGAAACAAUGCAUUUCAGUAUGAAAUAUCUGUCAGUGUCAUGGAAGUGUAUAAUGAACAAAUACGAGAUUUGUUGGUUUCAGAAGCACAGACAGGGGUGACCACCACAAAAAGGCUUGAAAUAAAGCAAGCUGGUGAAGGAGUGCAUCAUGUUCCUGGACUAGUUGAGGCCCAGGUAAACAAUAUGAAUGAGGUAUGGGAAGUCUUGCAGACUGGGAGCAAUUCAAGGGCAGUAGGAUCUACAAACGCCAAUGAGCACAGCAGCAGAUCACAUUGCAUUCAUUGUGUGAUGGUAAAAGGGGAGAACUUGUUGAACGGGGAGUGUACAAGGAGCAAGCUGUGGUUGAUUGAUCUUGCAGGGAGUGAGAGAAUUGCAAAGACAGAGGUUCAGGGGGAACGGCUGAAAGAAACACAAAACAUAAACAGAUCACUCUCUGCACUUGGAGAUGUGAUAUCUGCACUUGCAAAUAAGAGUCCACACAUUCCUUUUAGAAACUCAAAACUGACUCACUUGCUCCAAGACUCCUUAGGAGGAGAUUCAAAGACGCUGAUGUUUGUACAGAUCAGUCCUAAUGAGAACGACGUUAGUGAGACUCUCUGCUCCUUAAAUUUUGCUAGCCGAGUGCGAGGGAUUGAGUUGGGUCCAGCAAAGAAGCAACUGGACAACACAGAGCUUUUGAAAUAUAAACAAAUGGUUGAAAAGAAUAAACAAGAAAUGAAAACAAAAGAUUUCCAAGUUAAGAAGAUGGAAGACACAGUUCAUGGUCUAGAGAUGAAGAUGAAAGAGAAAGAUCUUAAAGUUAAGAGCCUCCAGGAUAAGAUUAAGGAAAUGGAGUCACAACUUCUAGUAGAGAGGAAACUAGCAAGGCAACAUGUGGACUCUAGAAUUGCUGAACAUUUAAGACAACAGCAUGAAGAUCAAAAUUCUUCAAGGCCUCCAUUUGCAGCCAAAACUACUCUAGCUCCAAAGACCUAUGAUGAGAACAAACACCAAGCCAAUCUCCCUCGACCACUUUCUGAGAACAAUAAAUACAAACUGGAUCCCCUUGUUAAGCAGAAUGAGCUAGCAGAAAAAGAAGACAAGGAAAAUAACCCUGGGAUUGAAGAGCUACUAAUGCCAAAACGGGCUUGGAGAGCUUCUUUAUGCCCAACUGUACAUAAAUUACCAGCUACAUCAGUCCCAAGGCGCAACUCUUUAAUCCCAUUGCCAAGUGUUACCGGGGGGGCAGCCAAGUUGCCACCUCCAUUUUUACCAUUGGCACCAAUUCAAGCAAAUGAGGACGAGGAUGUUGACAAUGUUAAAGGCAAAUGCUUACCUGAACCAGUGUCAGGGGAUAGUCCUACGGAUCAACAAAUUGAAAGUAAGAAACUGCACAGUGCUUUAAGACGUAGCAUGCAAAAGAGAAUACAAAUGAAGUCCCCAAUGCAACAUAUCAGAAGAGGAGGAGGAUUGAAUUUGGGAACGGAGAAGGUUAGAAUUUCUAUAGGAAGUAGGAGGGUGGCUCAUAGAGUGAUACUCGGUAAUGCUAGAAGAGUAACAAAGGAAGGGCUACCGAAACAAAGCCAAAGAGAAAAGGAGAGAGGGUGGAAUAUUGGAACAGCCACAAGAGGAGCAGUUUUGUGAUCUUGUUCUUGUGUUAUGUUUAAUUCAUUUGGGUCUUUAGGGGGUGAUAGAUUCAUUCAUGAAUCUGUUCUGAGUAAGAUGAUGAUUGACGGAUGUACAUAGUUGUUUCUACUAAUAUUUUGCUACUGAUUUAAUCGUUGUGUCAGACUCAGACUAUGAAUUUAUCAGUGUGGAUAAACAUGUGAUUUUUACCUUUAAUU